AUGUCUAUGGAAAACUUGAAGAACUUCUUCCAGAGAAAAUAUCCCAAUGAAAUAGAAGAUGAAAUCAUGGUUAGAAUUUUGGAUCAUAUGAAGAACCAAUUCUUCUCUACUUUUCCAACAAAAGCAUCAAAAGAGGAAGAUUCAUCUAUGAAGACAAGCUCUUCCAUGGGAUCAAUGGAUUCCCAUAAUUUUGAUGGUUUAGCAAGAGAAGGUCAAGCGGAGGAACCUACUGCAGAAGAUUUUUGGGAUGCAAUGAUUUCAUCUAUGAAAGAAAUAAGAAAAGCAAAAAAUUAA